AUGGAUGAACUACAACGUAAGGCAAUCAUUGAUCAUUGGGAUCGAUUAGUAGAAGAAUUACCUGGUCAGGAUAUGAUUGAUUAUUUAGUUGCAGAUCGAAUCAUCGACCAUGAAGAAGCCAUUAACAUCGAUAUCUUACCAAACGAAAAAGAGAGAAAUAUUGAAUUAAUACAACACCUUUUAGCUUCAAGAUCAAUUCAUACAUAUCCGUUAUUUGUUAAAGCAUUGAAAUCCAUUAAUGAUGUAUCAUCAAAGUCGUUGCUUGAAUUGAUUGAAGAUCGCCAUCAUCGGUUACAGCAGAAAAAAGAAUUGGAAUUAAGUAAAAGAUCGAUGGAUCAUUUAAUUCAAGAUAGAUUAACUGAUGGAUACUUUGGGUCUAUUUUAUUAGCUCCUAGUCUAGAUAGUGACGAUCUUCCUGAAUUACCAUCUCAUCCAGUAGUUCGUGAGAAAUUAGCAAAAGAUUUAGUAAAAGCUUUGUUUAGUUUAAGAGACAAGAAUGGUUGGAUUGUGAUUCGUGGCUCAGAGGGUUCUGGCAAGACUGUUGUCGCUAAUCUAGCCGUAAGAGAUGAAAGAACCAUAACAGAUAACUUCCCAGCAGGGUUUAUUUGGUUUAAAAUAGGCUGUACAGAUAUUAAUGAACUCUUAAUCAAGGUACAAGAAUUUUAUUUGAUACUCAAUCAUAAUGAAAAACCUCCACCUAGUACUAUUGAAACCGUAAUUGAAAGUAUACGACUAUUAAUUGCUGAUCAAUAUUAUGGCAUGUUACUUAUAUUGGAUGAUGUGCGCGACGGAAAAAUAUUAGAAUACUUCGAUUUGCCCUGUACGAAAUUAGUAACAACAAGAGUAUCUGCAAUAUCAUUUCAAACGACUAACUAUCGCAUCAAUUUGAGCACAGAGGAUGGAUAUACAAAUUCUGAGGCCGAGAAAGCAUUUAGUGCUUGGUUUGAAAAUGAUUUGACCUCUAUUACUAGUGAUGCAAGCAGUAUUACUGAAGAACUGAAAUGUGCUCCUAUGGCAAUAGCAUUAAUUGGUGGCAACAUCUUGCAUGAUGAUAUUCAAUUUCAAAAUCAGUUUAAAAUGAACGGAAGCUCUCUUGAAAAUGGUUAUGCAACGAAAUCAGUAAAAUCCGCUAAAGUCGAAAAAAUAAAAUUUGCGUUAGGCAAAGCAUUCGAUACCGUCGACGUUGAGUUAGCUAGUAAAUUACGGCAAUUGGUUACUUUUCAAAAAUGUCCAAAGAUUCCAUUAAAUCCAUUAAAUGUUUUAUGGCAACUUAACGAUGGACAAGUAGAAAAUAUUAUGAAUCAAUUAGCUAAGCAAAGUUUAGUUUUAAUUACAAAAAAACGACGAGAUAAUCAAUUACCAAUCUAUGAAUUACAUGAUAUAGUCAUGAACUAUCUAGUCGAAAAAUCAACAAACUUAAUGGAAAUGCAUCAGUCUCUGAUUCGCCAGUAUGAGGAUAAAUUCAAUGGCGAUUGGUUAGCUAUCAUGGACGAUGAGUAUAUGCGCGAUCAUUUCAUCUAUCAUCUACUACAAGCUAAAGAAUAUGAUAAAGUCAUGUCGAUUUUAACCAAUUUAGAAUGUUUGGAAGUAAAGUUACGAGCUACAUUAAUAUCUAGGGUAUUGAACGACUUCCUUCAAUGUCGUUCGAUAUUAAGCAAAGAGAACUGGGAAGCGAUCAGUCAAUAUUACCAAUUUGUUAUUUGUAACGGUAACAUCUACAAUAUUAAUCCUCAGCAAAGUAUUAUUCAAAUGGCCUUGAGUAAGCUUGGCUGGCCUGAUAUUUACGAUAAAGCGGAAAAAUUGGCAAAGAGAUAUUGCCAGGAAUCACUAUAUUUUAAAUGGAGCAACAAUCAUCAAUACGAUGUUACCGAUCAAUCCAUUUCAUCUACGGAAAUCCAUAACGAUCGAAUAACAUGUUGCAGAUUUUCACAUGAUGGCAGCAAAAUUGUAUCAUGUUGUGAUGGAGGCGAAAUUAAGGUCUGGGAUAGUUUAUCCUCCGCUGUAUUAAUUUCCAUUAACUGUGGCCACAGUGAUCGAAUAACCCACUGUUGCUUUUCACCUAAUGAUAAACUCAUUGCCACAUCAUCGUGGGAUCACUCUGUAAAGAUUUGGGAUGUCUAUACCGGGAAAAUUGUAUUUAAAUAUGAGAGCCAUUUAUUUGCUGUUAAUUGGUGUGAAUUUUCCAUGGACGGCGAAAAAAUAGUUUCCUGUUCCGCUGACAAAUUAAUUAAGAUAUGGGAUAGCAGAACCGGUAAAGAUCUUGUCAUUUGUCGUGGCCACAGCGGUGGAGUUUUACAAUGCCGUUUUUCCAAAGAUGACAGAAAAGUCGUUUCUUGUUCAUCUGACGAAUCUUUAAAGAUGUGGGAUACCAGCAAUGGCAAACUAAUUUUCUCAUGUCGUUGCCCUCAUCGGGUUUCCGCCUGCUCAUUUUUCGAUGAUUGCAAUAAAUUAAUGUGCAUCUGUCGAAACACAGUAUGCAUGUGGAAUGCUCAUAAUGGAUCAUCACUAGGCCAAUUUUAUUGCUCGGGAGAAAUUACAGCGUCCGCCGUUAGCUUAGACAGUAAAUUUUUUGCUCUGUGCGUUUACAAUGUCUUCAAGAAGAAAGAUAUUUCUUUACAAGUAUGGGAUAAUAAAAAGAAAAAAUUAAUAUCUAUCUACUACGGACACUCGAAUAAUAUUUAUAGUGUUCAAUUUUCGCCAAAUGAUCAAACUAUUGUUACUGCUUCCUAUGAUAAGACCAUUAAGAUAUGGCACCGUAAUAAGAAAAAAUUAAAUCGCGCCGUUCAAGUUAAGAAUAAUUUACCCAGUUUAGAGUUAUACGAAUGCAAAUUUAUCGAAAACUGCCUUGUAGUUUAUGCGGUACAUGACGAAAAAAAUCGAUUAAAGAUGUAUGCUGGAACCGACAAAGAGUUUAAAUUAAUCUCAAAGUAUAGCACCUUUGGCCAUAGAAUUACCGCAAUCUGUAUAUCAAAUAACGGAAAGCAAGUUGCAAUAGGUUUUAGUGAAGCUGGUGGAGUACAGUUAUUAUCCGCCAACGACAUCAAGAAUUGCCUAUGGCAUGUUAAAGGAAACUUGUGCGAGAUGACGUGUAUUACGUUAAUCAAAUUUAGCAGCAAUGAUAACAAUUUGAUUGUUAAAGAUGGCAACCGGCAAUUAUUUGUCUUAAGCUCGACCGGAGCUGUACUCUUUAAGAGUGGUAAAAAUCAUGGCGAUAUCACCGGUUGUGCAAUAUUUCCAACUGGCCAAAGAGUUCUUGGUUGCUAUGACGAAAGUUUUAAAAUUUGGCAUUGCUAUGACGUAAGCCAAGUUGUCACUGUUAGAGCGCAUAACGAUAUUAUUGCGCAUUUCGAUAUCUCUUAUGACGAAAAUAUGCUAGCAACUCUCUCCUUUGACAAGAUAGUCAAGAUUUGGGAUUGCACCACUGGUUCACAAUUGGCUUCCUUAGAUCAUUACUCUAGCGUUAAUACUUGCAAAUUUUCAAUCAACUGCCAAUUUUUGGCCACUUGCUGUGUUGAUGGUUCAGUUAAGAUGUGGAAUGUUCGGUCUGGAAGAUUGCGAUACCGAUUUCGCGGCCAUACGACCCAAGUUUUAAAUUGUUAUUUCAUGCAAGACGAUAGAAUUCUCUUAACUGUAGGUGAUAGUUUAGCUUGGUGGCAAAUUGAAGAUGAAGAAUUAAUCCAACGCUUCCCAUUAUAUGGUAAUGCAUCGAUGGCUUAUUACGCUGAUGAUAUGAAAUCAUUAGCUACAACAGAUGAUAAAGGGUAUUUUUAUUUUCUAUCUCAAAUUGUACCUAAAAAUGAAGCGCCACGACGGCUAUCCUUCGAUCGACGAUUGUCAUUCGACCGUCGAAUAUCAUUUGACAGACGAAUAUCGUUUGAUAAAAAAAAGGAAUCAUGUAUAAUUUGUUAG